CUCCGGACGGUGGCAUCCCCGCCCCAUUGCGCAGGCGCUUGCGGGGCGCGCUUCCGGCCGCCGUGGUCGCCUUCUCAGCAUGGCAUCCGCGCUGGUGACGAAGAUGCUGGCGUCCGCCCUGAGCCCGCUGCUCCGUCGGAGGCCUCCCCCGGCGAUGCCCCGCGCGCUCUCCACUCUGCUGCCCGGACGCCUUCACACUGCAGGUGCCGCUGGUGCGAAGCCCAGGGCGUGGGGGCCCGCGGGGCAGCCCGGCCUGCAGCUGCCCGGCCUGCAGCUGCCCGGCCUGCAGCUUGCCCUGGGGUUCAAGACCAAGGGCGUCAUCAAGGAGCGCUGCAGGGACUGUUACCGGGUGAAGAGGCGCGGGCGCUGGUUCAUCUACUGCAAAACGAACCCAAAGCACAAGCAGAGGCAGAUGUAGUUCCGGUCACUAAAAGAACGUGCAGAACUGCAUCACUUCCUUGAGGAAUGGUCCCUCCUAUCGAAAGAAAAAUAAAACGUAAACACUGCCUAA